UUGGAGCGUCGGGCUCGCCAGGAUGGGGAGGAGGAGGUGGAGUUUCCUAGAGGGAACUUGACCCGUUAGCAGCCGCUGCCAUGGCUGCGCGCUUGCCGCCCUCACAGCUCCCUCCGCCCCCUGCGCGACAGUUGGGGCCCUGGUCCCCACAUGUUGGGCGGGGAGCACACGCAGUGCGCAGCGAGACUUUGGGUCUUGAGGCUGCAGCGGGGCUGGGCGUCGUGGACAAAAGUGGUAUAUCCUGGCAGGGCGAAGAAGGGUCAGAGGGCCAGCGAGGGCCAGGGGCCACAGCUCCAGCUCAGGCUCCCCUCCUCAGCGCGCCCAUGGGGUCCAUGCGGCUAGAGGGCAUCUCGGUAGAGGAGGCGAUGGUGACCCGGACGCAGCUGCUGGAGGAAGAGCUGAGCAGCCUAAAGGAGGAGCUGGCCCUGUGUCAGGCUGAUAAAGAAUUCGUGUGGUCUCUGUGGAAACGUCUCCAGGCGACAAACCCAGAUCUCACACAAGCAGUCAGUUUGGUUGUGGAAAGAGAGAAACAGAAAUCUGAAACUAAAGACAGAAAAGUUUUAGAAAUUCUGCAAGUCAAAGAUGCAAAAAUACAAGAAUUGGAACAGAGAGAAUCAGGACUAAAACAGGAAGUAAAUGACCUUGUAAAACGGAAGAUUGCAGUAGAUGAAGAAAAUGCUUUCUUAAGGAAAGAAUUCAGUGACUUACAGAAGAAAUUUAAAGAUAAAAGUCAAGAAGUUAAGGACAGUAAGGAGUGUGUACAGAAUAAGGAUGAACAAAACAGACUGGUUAUAAAAAAUCUGAAGGAGGAAAAUGAGAAAUUAAGUACCCACUGCGCUGACCUGGUAAAUGACCUGGAGAAACUGAGGAAGCAGGAAGCACAUUGGCGAAAAGAAAAAUGUAGCAUCGAUGCAAAAAUAAAGGCCUUUGAAGACAAUUUAAUCGAAGCAAGGAAAGAAAUUGAAGUAUCACAGAGUAAAUAUAAUGCUCUAUCAUUACAGUUGAAUAAUAAACAGACCGAACUUAUCCAGAAGGAUAUGGAUAUUACCCUGGUCAGGAAGGAGUUGCAGGAGCUGCAGAAUCUUUACAAACAAAACAGUGCACACACAGCACAGCAAGCAGAACUGAUCCAACAGCUUCAGGUUCUGAAUAUGGACACACAGAAAGUACUGAGGAACCAGGAAGAUGUUCACACAGCUGAAAGUAUAUCGUAUCAAAAACUUUACAAUGAGUUACACAUUUGUUUUGAAACCACAAAGGCAAGUGAAGCUAAGCUCCGACAAAGUGUUGUUCAACUUCAGGAUCAGCUGUUUCAAAAAGAGCAAGAAAAUGUUAAAUUAAAAGAAAAGCUUCAGGAAUCAAAAGGAGCGCUCUGUCCUUUGCCUCAAGAAUGUGAUUCAGACCACUCGGAACAGGUUUCUCAACAGCCAUCUUUAUCGAGCUUAGAAACCUUAAUGGUCUCACAGAAGUCUGAAAUUGAGUAUUUACAAGAAAAAUUGAAAAUAGCAAAUGAAAAACUGUCAGAGAACAGAUCUACCAACAGGGGUUCCUCAGAGAAGAGCAUCUUGACAAGUGCUGAAGGGAAACAUAAGGAACCACCUGUGAAACGUUCAAGGUCUUUGUCCCCAAAGAGCUCUUUCACAGACUCAGAGGAGCUAAAGAAGCUGAGGAAAGCUGAAAGGAAGAUUGAAAACUUAGAGAAGGCACUACAACUGAAGAGCCAAGAAAAUGAUGAGCUAAGAGAUGCCCAUGAAAAACGCAAGGAAAGGCUACAGAUGUUACAGACCAACUACAGAGCAGUAAAAGAGCAAUUAAAACAGUGGGAAGAAGGCAGUGGCAUGAUGGAAAUCAGGAAAAUGAAGAGAGCAGAUCCUCAACAACUUCGGCAAGAAGACUCUGAUGCUGUAUGGAAUGAACUGGCCUAUUUCAAAAGGGAGAACCAGGAGCUAAUAAUUCAAAAGAUGAAUCUUCAAGAAGAACUGGAUAAACUUAAAGUACAUAUGUCUGUUGAUAAAGCAAAAAUACAAGAAUUGAAUACAUUUAUGGCAGAGAGAAGAGAAGAACAACUCUUAAGAUAUGGUGAAGAUGACGGGGUCAAGAAGAGUACUCCAGAGAGGAAUUGGAAAGAAAUGUCGGAGCAGACAUUGCAGAAGGUCAUUGAAUUGGAAAAUCGGCUAAAAUCUUUUGAGAAAAGGUCGAGAAAAUUAAAGGAAGGAAAUAAAAAAUUAAUAAAAGAAAAUGAUUUCCUGAAAUCCUUGGUUAAACAGCAGCAAGAAGAUGCAAAGACCAGAGAAAAAGAGCUAGAACAGUUACAAAAGGGAAGUAAAGAUAUAGAAAAAGACAAAACUGAACUUCAAGUAAGAAUCAAUGAGCUGGAGAUAGAAGUCACUUCCCUAAGGAGAAAGGUAGCAGAAGCCAGUGGGUUGAGAAAUGAAAAUGAAGAGCUGAUGAAUUCACUGGAGAAAUUACAGGGUUCAGCAAACAAAGCUAAAUCUGAGAUGGCCACCACAGAAAUAAGAUCUGGGUCUGGACAAUCCAGUUGUAAGACAACCACCACCAAGGUUAAAUUUAAAGCCGCCAAGAAAAAGUGCUCCGUGGAUCGUUACCAGACUGUUCUCAAUCACUCCAUCAAGGUUAUGAGCAAUGUGUUUGAGAACCUCAGCAAGGACGACUGGGAGGAUGUGAGUGAAAGCAGUGAUUCUGAAACACAGACCAUGCAAAAUUUGGGAACAAUUAUUGUAGAAACAUCCCAGAAAAUAAGUCCUACAGAAGAUAGAAGAGACCAGAAAGAAAGAGACCAAACAGAAGACAGCCAAAUGCAAGGAAAGGAAAUAGAACAAAUAUGUCCAAUUGGAGAUGGCAAGACCCCAAAGAAUUAUUUUCACAAGAAUGUCAAAAAACCAAGUUAUCAAAAGAGGAAUGGUAAUAUUCAAAAGAGUUCACACACAGCAGGUCCUACUAGAGCUAACAGAGAAAAGUGGAAAAAUAUAACUGCCCAGAAAUCAAAUAGCAAUAUUAUUUUGUUACGAGAACGGAUUGUAUCCUUGCAACAACAAAACAGUGCACUUUUGAAUGCCAAAAAAGCAGCAGAACUGUCUGUGAAAGAAUACAAAGAAGUCAAUGAAAAGCUCCUUCACCAGCAGCAAGUGUCUGAUCAACGAUUUCAGACAAGCAGACAGACAAUAAAGAAGCUAAACUUGGAUUUGGCUGGGCUUCGGAAAGAAAAAGAAGAUUUACUAAAGAAAUUGGAGUCCUCAUCUGAAAUUACAAGUUUGGCAGAAGAAGUUGCCCAUGUAACAGUUCCACGGAUACAAGUUACAUCACUUGGCCCUUCAAGGAGCGUGGAUUUGGAAAUGAAGCAAUUGCAGUGUAAACUCAAGAAUGCAACUAAUGAACUCACUAAACAAUCAUCAAACUUGAAGUCUCUGAAAUUUGAACUCCUAGCAAAAGAAGAACACAUAAAGGAAAUGCAUGAAAAGAUGUCUCGGAUGGAGAGAGAUAUAACAAUGAAAAGACAUUUGAUAGAGGACUUGAAAUUUCGACAGAAAGUAAAUUUGGAAAGUAAUGAGGGUAUUAAUGAAAUGCUAGAAAAUCUUGAAAAAAAGGUGAAGACAUUAACUGAAGAGUGUUCCAACAAGAAGGUAUCAAUUGAUUCACUAAAGCAAAGACUUAGUGUUGCUGUGAAAGAGAAGUCACAGUAUGAACAGAUGUAUCAGAGAACUAAAGAGGAGCUAGAAAAAAAGGAUCUCAGGCUUACUUUCCUCGUAUCAAAAAUAAAUGAGACUGAAUCUGCAAUGGCAGAAAUUGAAACAGCAGCAUCGAAGCAUCUUCAGAGAUUUGCAAUGCAAAGUGAGCAGGCCCUAGAAGCUGCACAGAAGAAACUGCUGUUAGCCAAUGAGAAAGUGGAAGAGUUCACCAUAUUUGUGAAGGCUUUGGUCAGAGAGUUACAAAAUGAUGUCCAUUCGAUAAGGCGACAAAUCAGAGAGCUUAAAAAGAUGCAGAAAAACAAGAAUGCUUGUAAAACCUCAACCCAUAAAGCCCAGACCUUGGCAGCUUCUAUACUGAACAUUUCACAGUCAGACCUAGAGGAAAUAAUGGACACAGAAGAUGAAGCGGAAAUCGAAAGGACAAAGAUCGAUGCUGAAAAUGACAAGGAAUGGCUGUUGUACAUUCAGAAACUUCUUGAAGGACAGCUUCCUUUUGCCACAUAUUUACUAGAAGCAAUACUGGAGAAAAUAAAUGAAAAAAAGAGACUAGUUGAAGGGUAUUUUGCAAUUGUGAAAGACAUUAGAUGACAUUGUCAUUGAGAACUUUUUUUCAAAUGUGAAAACUUUGUGUGAUAUGAUGGGAAAACAUGCAUUGCAAUCCUGAUACAGUAUCUGCUCCAACUAUCAAUAGUCGGGUUCAAUACCAAAAUAAGAAGUCUCUGAAACAAAUUAAUUGCUGAACAAGUGAAACUAAUUAAGUGCAUAGCCAUUUAAAAGGAAAUAGUGUAGCAUUUGAUUGUUGAAUACAAAUAUUGCCACAAAUCAAUGCAAACUUGAAAAUGAUUUUCCAUCCAGUACAUUAGAAGGAAUUAGAACAGGCUUGGUGCACGUAAAUUGAUCUGAAUAUUUAAAAAAAGUAUAAACUGAGGAUUUAAUGUUUUAAGUUUUAUAAAGAAACUAUAUUUUUUACAUAAAACUGCUAUAAGUGGCCUUAAAUCACCCAGUAAGCAACAUGUUUGUAUUGUAAGCAAACAUAAAAUGAGACAUUAUAACUAAAGGAUGAACAUUUAAUGAAUAAAUGGUGUGGUCCAGUUGCAUCUGUUCUCAAUCUACUGGAGUAUAUGGCAGAUACUGUAUUUUCCUGGAACAAUUUGGCAAAAAUAAAAACAUGUUCUCCUCCGCUAUCUCUUUUUUAAAAUUCACAACACUUUGUGUGGCCAUAUAAAUUAGCAAGGGACCACAAACCUAGUGAAUCAAAUAGGCUAGUCCUCGAAGUCAGCUAACUAAAGUUAAAUUCUAAAGGAUAAUCACCCAUAUUUAGAUUCUCGAACAGUCCCACCCCAUCUCCCCUCUUUACUAUGUUCCUGCCAACCACACCUGAUUUUUUGGUGCCUCCAGUUCACCAAACUUGUGCCUGCCUCCAGCCUUUGCCUUUGCUAUUCUCUUUCUAGAAUACUCCAUAUUCAACUUUUCUCAUGCUUGGCUCCUGCUUAUCAUUCAGGUUUGCCUUACAUAUUUCCUCAGAGAGGUGUUCUCUGGCCAUCUUGCUAUUUAAUUUCCUUUAUAACACAAAAUUAUCUAUUUUACCUGUUUAUUUACUUUCUUGCUAUGCCCCUCCCCUGCUUUGAAUAUAGGUCCCAUGAGGUUAAGGCGGGAGUUGGCAAAUUAUGGCCCAUAGGCCAAAUCUAGCCUGCCACCUGUUUUUGUGUGGCCUACAAUAAGCCAAGAACAAUUUGUACAUUAUCAAAUGUUUUUUUAAAAAAAUCAAAAGGAAAAUAAUAUUUUGUGGCAUAUGAAAGUUACAUGAAAUUCAAAUUUUAGUGUCUGUCAAUAAAGUUCUAUUGGAACUCA